AUGUUGAUCCGACCUGGCCCCAGAUUCACGUUCGAGGUUGAAGUAACUCGAAACAGUCGACGCGGCAAUACCCGGAAUUUAGAUGCUCUCGGAUUCCAUCUACGCCCGCUUUGCAAGACCUGCGAGAGGUGUGCCGUGAAGUUAUGCACAGAUGGCAGCGAGCACAGCAUAAUGCAACAAAGCAGGUGGUUAGAGGGCUUCUGGCAGCCCUCUGAAUCAGACUUAAAAAAGAGCAAGCCUCACCUCUACGAGGAAUUGAGGCGCGAUGAUGAGCAGAUCGAUGAUGGAAAAGAGGUGUGGAUAUCCAACGAACAUAUUCUGCAAGAGGCUGCGUGGAUUGCCCAAGAGAGAAAGUUAUCUCGCCUCGUGUUUGCUGACACAUCCACCUACAUCCUCAACAAUGGAGCCACGACCGAACAGAAGAUCCUUGAGGAGUUUUCAAUAGAUGUCAAGCAAGUUCUUGCCCGGGGAAGUCGAGCCAUGUUGGUGAUAGAUUUGGAUUCAUUUGCAAGUUUACAGUUCUCUGAGAGCGCUGGCGGCAUGAGCUCCAAGAGCUACAGCAUCGGGAGCCGGCAGCUAUUCGACGCUGCAGUUGCGGCCUUUAAUGAUUGCCGUGCAAGUGUUCGCAGCUGCGGCAAUGUCAGGGACCUGGACCCAAACGUGCAGGAGCGUGAAAGCUGGUGUCUGGCUAUAAUCCGGAAUGCGUAUCUCUAUGAUCUGUUUCGCGAAAGAACGCAGUGGCCACCUUCUGCACUGGAGCGCGAUGCAAAGAGAAGAGAGCGGGCGGAGCAGAAGAUUCGACGGUGCAAGCGCUGUGGUGUGAGGUAUCGGGAGAGUGAGAACAAGGAGCUCCCCGGCAAUUGCUCCAAACAUACGGGUCAUCCCAUCUUUGCCGAUGAGAGUGGAGACACCAUCGAUCCGGUGCCACCCGACAUCAUCAAGACUCUGCUGAGUGGCGCGGGGAAGGGGCAGCUUGCAGUGCUGCUGCUAAGGAAAGUAUUUUUUAGCUGUUGCCACCAGCAGUAUGCACCACGUGGUGGGUGCACACAAACACGGCACACCGAGUCCCCAGAUGAUGACGGAGAAGGAUCCUCGUCUUCGAGUCAGGCGCGGCAGCUUACUCAAUGCCUCUCGAACUUGGACUUCACGUUAAUUGCUACGCGGGGGCAUUCACUGGUGUUUACCUCACAGGUUUGUUCAGCCUGGUUGUGA